GGAGCUUCACUCUCACACUAAAUAUUCAAAAUGGCGGACAGUGGAUCAACGACUCAAGAUGAGCGCUCGACUGCAGCAGAAUUAAGUAGAAACACGAUGGAGAACGGCACGCAUGAAGUUCAAGAUCAAACAAACGUCGUGACCAUUCAGAAAUCAAACGCUCAAGCAACGCUCAGUAAUGUCCAGGCUCAAGCGUUACUUCAACAGUUGAGUGUGAGUCCUGCGCAGUUGUUGUUGCAGCAGACGCAGGCGCAGCUCCUCGCCGCAGCCAUGCAGCAGUCUGCAGGUCAGCAGAGCAGCAUCACCGGAGCAAAUAUCUCCGCCUCUGCAGCCACGCCCAUCACCCUGUCUCAACCAAUCCAGUUCGCCCCUUCGCAGGGUUUGAAUCUGCAGCAGUUUGUGUUGGUUCAGCCCGGUCACUCCAUCACACCUCAGAUUCAGCCGCAGUUUAUCAUCUCAUCAUCAGCUCAGGGACAGAGCGGUCUCCUGCAAACUCACAAUCUUCUGACUCAACUACCUCAAAGUCAAGUGAACCUCCAGCCGUCUCCGAGCAUCAUCACACAGGCAGCGACACCGACAAGAAAAAUCGCCGCCUUGCCCGUCCCGCCGGUGGUCACGACCAAACUCAUUGACGCCACGUAUGCGGAAGAAGCCAGCGAUCUGGAGGAACUCGAACAGUUCGCAAAGAAUUUUAAACAGAGACGUAUAAAGCUGGGUUUUACUCAGGGUGACGUGGGUUUGGCGAUGGGGAAGCUCUACGGGAAUGACUUCAGUCAGACCACCAUCUCCAGAUUUGAGGCGUUAAACUUGAGUUUUAAGAACAUGUGUAAACUCAAACCUCUGCUGGAGAAAUGGCUGAACGACGCAGAGAACAUGACGAGCGAAUGCGCGGUGUCGAGUCCGAGCGAGAUGUCUCCCGGUCUGUGUGACAGCCGACGGAGAAAGAAACGGACCAGCAUCGAGACCAGCAUCCGUCUGCUGUUAGAGAGGAGUUUUCUGGAGCAGAGUCAGAAGCCGUCAUCAGAGGAGGUCACACUGAUCGCAGAUCAGCUCAACAUGGAGAAGGAGGUGGUGCGCGUUUGGUUCUGUAACCGCAGACAGAAACAGAAGAGAAUCAAUCCGCCCAGCAGCAGCACGCCCAUCAAAACCAUCUACAACACGUCCACACCAGCGGUGUCCAGCGCCACAAACACACUGACGGUAAAUCCGGUGGUCUCUCUGAACACCAGCAGCAUCCCAAACCUCACAUUCACCGGUGCCGCUCUGGGUCACGUGACCUCUAAUACUGCGUCUGUCAUCUCCAUGACACCUGCUGUAGCCACAACCGCCCCCGCUGUGACAUCACCGUCACUGACCCCGUCCGCCACAGCCGGCGCUCAGGUGUCCACGGCAACGACCAUGACGCCGGGGACAGGUCAGCUGGUGGUGACGGGCACGGGGCUGGGCGGUUUAAACCCGGCGUUCAUCACCCCCUCCCAGCUGACACAAGGUGGAGCUCUGUUCAGUUUUGCUCCCGCUCUCGGCAGCACUCUGAGUCCAGCGCUGAUGAACAACAACACACUGGCCACUAUUCAGGCUCUUGCGUCUGGCGCGUUCCCCUUCACCUCCAUCGAUGGAAACAAUGGCCUGCUGUUCGCCAACACCGGUAACGGUCCGGCCAGCCUGAUGACCACGCCCUUCUUCCUCAACCCGUCCGGCUUCUCGCUGCUGCCCGCCAAUCUGCUGUCAGGAGGCGGCGCUCUCAACCUACAGGUGACCAGUGACGUGCAGAGUUCUGUUGCUACGACGACCACGCCGGCUAAAAGCAUCGCUGUGGCCUCAAAGGUCCAGUAGGCGCUUUGGUCGUAGACUCGAUUUAAUCCUGUUGCUAUAACCAAAAACACUCUGACGUGUGUCGUUCUUCCAGCGCGUCUGUUGAGCUGAACUCCGUCACACUGUGCAAAACCUUUAAGGAUGAACUUGAAUUCCUUAACUAACGUCUAAACGAACCAAAAAUGUGAGACAGGAAGUUUAUCUGAGAUUAUUUCACUUCCUGACGUGUCAUCUGUUGCUUUUAUUGAAGGGUGAGUUCACAUAGCCAAAUGCAUUUAUUAUGUUUUGUGCAUUUGCGAGACGUGCUUUUUUUCACAGAAUUCUAUUCGAUGUAUUUGGAGGUUUUUUUUAAACGAAUACUUUCACUUUAUAAAUGCGGUUAGACGGCUUUAAAAACGAGUGAUGUUUAAUGACAGCGAGCGUUUGUUGUCUGUCAAACUUCGUCUCGACACUGAUUCCGUUUGAUGUUUUCAGACACAUUAAACCACUCGAUCAUCUGUGUAUCGUCAUACAAAAUACUGGAUGACAUUUGCCUUUUAUUUUUCCUUAAAAGUCAUGUUUUAAAGAAAUGAUGUCGUCUGACAGAUUUCAUCACCGUGUACUUGCUCAACACAACACAUUAUUUCAUGUUGAUGUUUGUGAGUCCGCCAACUCGAUGAUGGACACACUGUCAAACACUACACGAGGCCUCGUUUUUACAAACCUCAUCCGGCUAACAUCAUUCUAGCGUUUAAUGCCAUGUGAUCACCUUUUGUGUAUUUUCAGCUUGUUUGUUUCAGAUGUGGUGGACGUUUUUUGCUUUGUUGUUUAUUGCAAACGAAUGUUUUUGCGAACAACUUUCAUCAUCGCGGUGUUUCGUCGAUGAGGCCUGUGGUUUUAUUUUCACGAGUUGAUGUUCAUCUAAACUUCGCAGUUUCAUCUUUAGUUUUUUGAGAUUGAUCGAUGGAUUCAUUUUUUCACAGACAAACCAAAAAAAUAUUGUCCAGACUUGCGGCGUGUUCACACGCUUUGAGCUCCAAAGAUUUUUCAGGUUGAGAGCUGUUGUCCACAUGGACAACAUCAACAAAAAAAGCUUCAACCAAAGUGAGUUUGAAACGUGUGUGUGUGCGCGUGUGCGUGUGUGUGUGUGUGUGUGUGUGUGUGUGUGUCUCCAGCACUGAUGUUUGUUGCUGCUUUGUGUGACACAAGCGAUGUUUAAUGAAUAAAAGUUUUGAGUUGAAUCUCAGAGUUAAUGUUACUGUGCUUUCAUCUAAAUACAACCUGAACAUUAAUAUAUUCAUCAUCUUACUUGAGAUCAUUCUGACAUGAAGCAUUUGUUUUGUUAUGUGUGUGUUGAAAAUCUACGUUUGACAUCGAACGCAAAACAACAGAAAUGUCAAAUCAUUUCAAAUCUUUUUAGUUCAUAUUUGUGUUGUGUGUGUUUGUGUCAAUGAUAAUGUAGAAAUAAACCAAAGAAAUGAGCGUCAGCACCCCUGAGACAGAUGCAUGUUUCACACAAACACAUACGGUUUUGAUGGCUAAAACCGGGACUAUAUGUAAAUAUAUAAAAGAACAAUUUUAUUUAGCAAAAAUCUACUUAUGGACACAAACCAAAGGUUCUUCACACCUGCCUUUAAUCUUUUUCUUGUUUUCAAUUAUGAUUGUUCAAAUUCGUGAUCUUUCUAGUGAUCGUUCUCACUGCAUGUGGUGGAAUAUGAAGCCACAAAUAUUUGCGUUUAUUGUGUGAAAUAAUAAUGUUUUUUUUUAAUAUAGAAACUUAACAGAAGGGCUGUACUGUAUGUUCACUAACGUUAUCGGACUUAUUCCAAAUUUGUGCUUUUAAAGGCAUUUGUUGACUCGAUCUUACACAGAUUCAUGUUUGACUGAUGUAUUUAAUUAUCACAUUAGUUUGUUGUGUUAUAAAACCGUUUCAUUAAAUGCUUGUUUUCUCA